AUGGUUGCCCGAAAAUGUGCCUACUGUAUAAAGCGUAAAGCAACGCCCCACAUCCCACCAACCGGCGACAUACCAGAUGUGCGCCUGGAACACCACAAACGCCCGUUCACAAACACCGGGCUAGAUUAUUUCGGCCCAGUCGAAGUGUCAAUCGGCCGUCGACGAGAAAAACGAUGGAUAGCCCUCUUUACCUGCCUGACGACACGAGCAGUGCACCUGGAAAUUGUUGCUAGUCUAUCAGCAGAUUCCGCAAUCAUGAGCAUACGUCGUUUUGCUGCACGUCGAGGACUCCCGAAUAAGAUACUUUCGGAUAAUGGGACAUGCUUUGUUGGAGCCAACAGACAGCUGUGCGAAUUUUACAGCGACGCUGUGCAAGACUUUGCUGCCAGCAAACGCAUAGAGUGGUGCUUCAUUCCUCCGGCGUCACCAUUCAUGGGUGGUUGUUGGGAGAGACUUGUAAAGACAGCACUCCUUGUGACUCUAAAGGAAAGGGCUCCCAGAGAGGAACUACUCCAUACUCUUCUCCUAGAGGCAGAGGCGCUAGUAAACUCGCGGCCAUUAACCUACGUUACUGAGAACAGAGAGUAUGAAAGCCUGACUCCGUCCCAUUUCUUGAUUGGUACCUCUUCACCGCAGCAGCUACCGGCCGUUUUAGACGAUGGUGUAUUUUCGUCAAGAAAGGAGUGGCAAAAAGUUCUACGACUGUCCGAGCACUUUUGGACCAGGUGGCUCAAAGAAUACCUGCCCAGUCUGAAGCCGAGAAGAAACGACGGAAGGCAGUAUUACAAUUUAAAAAUAGACGACGUUGUCCUCGUAGUUGACCCCGACCUGCCUAGAGGUGUUUGGCCUAUAGGCCGUAUAGUGGAAGUGUUCCCGGGCAGAGAUGGAAAUGUCAGAGUGGCUGACGUGGCCACAAAAGGGGGCCUAUUAAGGAGGCCCGCCAGAAAGUUAGCUCGACUGCAUGAAGAAGUUGUGUAG